UUUAUAUUUAUAUUUAUCUUUAGGAGCUAUAGCAUCACCUAAAAGCAUUUGCGUUUACUUUUCAUUCAAGAAAAAUAAUGGGAAGACACUCUUUUAUAUAUAUGUUGUUUUUUUUGUUUGUUUGUUUUGUUUUUUUCAAAUCUCACUUCCCUCCCACAUCACAUACAAGUCUGGAAGCUGGUGGUUUCAUAUCUGGGUUCCCAGCUGGUGCCUGCCAACAGCAGUGUAAGGACACAGUAGUAAAAGCUUUCCUCAUCGUGUCAACUAUAAAUUCCUGUCUGUGUGAGUGAUGCUUUCGGUAGCUAUGGAAACCCCAUAUAAUAGCUCCUCCGCCCCUCUCUGCCUCUCUCUCUCCCUCCGGUAGUUUUCCCUCUAGGUCUCUCUCCCCCGCUCUAUCCUCACCAAAGCUGUUAAGGCUACUUUGCGCAUGUACGGCCAGCCGCACCGAGCAUUGCAUCGACACCAAGAUGGCGAAAACACGUCUGGCUUGCCUCCUGACUCUCCUCUCAACUCACUGUUACUUCAGUGCGUUGGCAGUGGUGCUAAAAACAAGCGAGGAAUUCCCCUCCACAGACGAAUUUAACAGGGUCGAGUUGUCAUGUUUGAUUGAGUCCAUAUCCACAAUAAACCCACGGAUCGAAUGGAAAAAGAUCAUCAACAACAAGCCGAGUUACGUUUACUUCGACAGGAAGAUCUCGGGUGACUUGGAGAACAGAGCUGUGAUCAGAGAGCCGGCCACGUUGGUGAUAACCAACGCCACAAGGUCAGACACAGCCAAAUACCGCUGUGAGGUCACCGCCGCUGACGACGCCAAGUCAUUUGACGAGAUUGUGAUCGACCUCGUAGUGAGAGUGAAGCCGGUGGUGCCAAAAUGCAGCGUUCCAAAGUCUGUGCCUUUCGGGAAGUUAGCCGAGCUCAGCUGCGUGGAGGAGGAGGGCUUCCCCAAGUCUCAGUACCAGUGGUUCAAGAACAGCGAGGAGAUUCCAGAGGACCCCAAGUCCAGUCCCAAAUUCCUUAACUCCUCAUACACGUUCAACACAGGAACAGGAACUCUGAGAUUCACUUCAGUCAUAAAAGAAGAUGCAGGCGAGUAUUACUGCCGAGCGAAGAACGAUGCAGGACAUGCUCAGUGUGCACCCCAGAAGAUGGAAGUGUGUAAGUGUUAACUGUCUCCAUCAAACAGACCGUGUUUGUCACUGUUGUAAAUAGUCAGUCAUGUUUAUUUUUGUAGCACAUUUUCAGUAACAAGCGCUACGUUUUGUCAAGUUGCUUAUCAUCAAAAUCCUCAGAUAAGUUCAUCAAUGUUCCAGUGAUUAAGGGACAAAAGUAGCUCUAAGCAGACUGGAUUUUAGCCUUGAUUUAGCCUAAAUCCUGCUUCUCCGUGUUUGGUUCUGGUUCUAAGCAUGCAGACCAUAACCAGAUGACCUGAGUGGUCUGAAAGGUUGAUUAAAGGUCGUUAAUGUAUUUUGGUGCUAAGCUGUUCAGAGAUUUGUAAACUAGCAAAUGCAUCUGAAAGUAUAUUCUCUGAGCUACAGGGAGCAAUUGGAAGAACUUUAGAACCGGGGUGUUGUGCUCCGUCUCCGUGGUUUAGUGGGAACGUGAGCAGCAGCGUUCUGGAUCAGCUGCAGCCGUCUGACGUUUUAGGCAGGAAGACACCGUUGCGGUGAUCAAUCCGUUUAAAGUUAAACACGUUUCUAGAUUUUCAUGGGACGUCCUGGAAAUGUUCCUAAGGUGACAGAAGGCUGACUUUGUAACUGUCU